AUGCUCUUCUUUGUUAUGUCCAAGCCUGCCAAAUUAACCAUGGUCAUGAAGAUUCUAGCAUGUGCUGCCAGACACUCACCAGCCUCUAUGGUGUUGGCCUUGCUCAAAACCUUAAGAAUACCGGCAGGAUUUAAGGUUCAUUCUCAAUUGCUAAAAUUUGAUCAUGAAAGCUCUCAUGCCAAAGGCUGCUUUUACUACACAGUUCUGUAUGCUGCGGGUGUAGCAAACAAAUUAGGCCCUGAAAGCUUUGGUGCAGUCUCCUGCAUCUUUGGUCUGCCAAUUGCUUUGAAUUCAAAGGCUGAAAAUAUGAGCAAAUUGGCUCUGAGAUCUGGCGCUGCAGGAUCCGGCUCUGCUGUAUUUCUUGUUUGUGUGUUGAUGAUUGGGUACCUGGGGUGGAAACAUUUGAGAAGAAAGAAGAAACAGUUUAAAGAUCAAAUGAAUUUCGAGACCGAGUUGGAUGAUCAGAUACUACGGCCACGCUGGCGAUCCAAGCGAGCUUCAUUAUGGUUUAAGAUUAAAGAGAUUGAGCGAGCAACUGAUUGGUUCUCUCCAAACAAUUGCAUUGGGAGAGGUCAAUCCGGAAUCGUGUAUAAAGGGAUGCUGGAGGAUGGAACUGUAGUUGCAGUCAAGAAAAUCAUUGAGUCUGAUUUUCUAGGAGAUGCUGAGUUCUUGAAUGAAGUUGAAAUUAUUGGAAACCUAAAGCAUCGAAAUCUCGUGCCCCUUAGAGGAUGUUGUGUCUCAGAAAGGAAUCAGAAUCAUUUUGGGGAGACUCAGAGAUACCUAGUUUAUGAUUACAUGCCAAAUGGAAAUCUAAAUGAGCAUUUGUUUCUUACUCAAGGUCAAACAGGAAUUGGCAGAAAACCAUUAACUUGGCUCCAAAGGAAGAAUAUAAUCUUGGACAUCGCAAAUGGCAUCGCUUAUCUUCAUUAUGGGGUAAAGCCAGGAGUAUAUCACAGAGAUAUCAAGACCACAAACAUACUGCUAAAUGCAGAUCUGAGAGCAAGAAUUGCAGAUUUUGGGCUCGCAAGACAAAGCCGUGAGGGCGACUCUCAUCUUACCACAAGAAUAGUUGGAACUCAUGGAUAUUUAGCUCCUGAAUAUGCACUUUAUGGGCAAUUGACUGAGAAGAGCGAUGUUUAUAGCUUUGGUAUGGUAGUUUUGGAGAUCUUGACUGGGAAAAAAGCUCUUGAUCUGUCAUCAUCCUCCUCCCGUCCACUUCUAGUCACAGACUGGGUGUGGUCACUUGUAAAAGAAGGAAAAACACAGGAAGCUUUUGAUCCGUCGAUGCUGAGAACAGCAGAAUGUGGAAGAAGUAGAAAUCAAAAGGGCACAAUGGAAAGGUUCCUGAUGGUAGGAGUUUUGUGUGCUCAUUUGAUGGUAGCUUUAAGGCCUACAAUUUUGGAUGCACUCAAAAUGCUGGAGGGAGAUAUUGAACUCCCGGCCAUACUAGAUAGACCAAUUUAUGCAUAUCACAGUACCUUGUACCCCAUGGAUUAG